CACUCUGCAUCUGUCUUCAUGGAUGCAGUAGCUAGGAUCCAUCAGUGAGCACACAACCUUAGUCCUGUUAGGCACAUUCACAGGAACCUUCUUCGUAACAUACAUCAGUUGCAUGCACUUCUGGAGUCCGAUGUCAGCAACAAGAAGUAUCUGUGCAACUUUAGGUGCCAACCAAAACGUUUCGGUGGACACUUUACUUCCUUUACCGAGUAACUGUUUGGCAGCAGUGACAAUAGCUGGAACAAUCUCAGUGGUAAGACUCUCCAUUUGUUUUGCCUGGGACACCUUCACUUUAGCAGUGGCUUCUGCAACACUUGGGUCAUACCUGGGACGCUUACUGGCAGCCAUUUCAGAAUCAAUAUGUAUUUAUAGUGUAUCUAUACAUGCACAGACUAGUGGAUCAUCACUCUACAUACUGUACAGUCAAGGUCGACGGUAGUGGUGCAGAGAGGGUGCACUGCAGAAAGUUUAUUACACUUUGUGUGCAUGGCAGCUAUAGAAAUCACUAUAGAGAUCACUGUAGCAGCUCCUCCAUAACAUGUGGCAGGCAUAUAUAUAGAGACUUACUUAGACCUAUUAGGACAUUGUAAAUCCAAGCCAAUCCCUCUGCAAGUCUACUCUGUUUAGCAAGCCAAGUUAAUUUUCAUCAAGUUCUUGAUAUAUUUUUUAUAGGGCCCACCAUGGAUUCUGAAUCAGACAGUGAAAGUCAAACUGUUGACUAUUUCAUUGAUAUCUUUGAAAAAAAUAACAGAUUUGGUGUGUACAAGGACUCAUCGUUCAAGGCAUUGAGUAACUUCAAGAUUGACUUUUCGUAUGGAGUUCAGAAUGAGGAUGGACCGUUGUCUAGAUAUAUAUGCACAGUCACCUUCAGUGAUGGAACUACUCUCGGAGAAGGAUAUUUUCCCAAUGAUUGGACCAAAGGUGGCAGACGAUCUCUCAUUGACUCACUAAGAUUUUCUGUGCACAAUCCUUCAAUCACCACUCAUGCAUCAAACACACAGCUCGAGGCUUACCUCAUGAAAAAGCUGGAGGAUUUCUAUUGCCUCAAGUCGGAGUCUGAAGAUCCACACCAUUACACGAAGCAAGUGGCAACGAUUGUAGGUCUGCAACCACAUUCUGAACUUUGGGUGUUCAACGGUCAAGUGCACAUGAAUGCCGAUAGGGAUCUAGUAGAUCCAAAAACUAGUCCAUUCAUUUGGCUCGGGGACUACGUUUCAGGCAGUGUACUACAUAAACAUAGUCUUCCUACCUCAAAAGAGGCAUCGACUGUCCCGGCAUCUCUUGAUCCAUCAUAAUUCCAUUCAUUGUUGGAAGCUUUGGAGAAUGUGUACCAACAUAACAUUCCAGCAGCCACUCUCAUGAUCGGAGCAAAAGUCCUUGCAGUCCACUAUUCUCUCCUGCAGGAUAUUGGAAUUCAAGUGCCAGCUGCUAUUGCUGUUGGGAACGUCUCGCUAGGCAAAACACGGAGUGCUGAAGCAGCUUUAUCCCUGGUUGGAAUGGAUACUGUCAGCAAGGUGAAAUCUAUCACAGAUGUUAAAGCUAUCAAGUUUGGCAGUCUCACAUCAUUGGGCAUGAUUAUUGAUGACCCGUCUCAACCAUCUGAAGUAUCGGAGAAGCUGCUCUUUCAUUUUGAUAGAGGUACCAGAGCCACUACUACUUCUUUUGAUGCCCCGAAAACUACGUUUCUCACAUCAAUGAAUACUACCUGCCUGCAAGCUUUAUCAAGCAUGGAUCCAAGAUACAUCACUAGGGCUGUUCUCGUUCCUUUUGAGGAAAGUGGACAUAUUGAAGCAGCAAGACGUGUUGAUGCUGACAGAAAGUUGAAACGAAUCAUGGCAAAGGAAGCUGGGAAAGCUGUAGGUGUUGUAAUGUCUAUGGGGAAAUUCUUCAAAUCACCAGAGGCAGACAACUUUUUCAAACACAUUGUUACCCGUGUUGAGCAUCUAAUGCCAGAUAACACCUGUCAUCGCCUUCUCGUUUCUUACUCUUGGUUGCUUGGAGCAACUUUCAAGAUACUGUCUGUUGCAAACGUCCUGAAACCUGAGGCUGAAGAAAUGAUAUGGAAGUACUUCGAAAACACAAUGGUUCCAAUCAUUACCAAGUAUCAGCUGGAACCUAUGGAGGCCCAAGUAGACUUAACAAAAGAAGACAUCCAGCGUGUUCUGUGUUCAUCAGUUGCACAGCAGCCUUCCAGCACUGUGUUGACUUUCGUACGGAAUAUAAGCUCUCAUCAGUUUGCAAUCAACGUUGGGCAGUUGAGGAAGCACAAUGAAUCUAUGGGAAAGUCCCUGUCAUCCUCAUUUAAGAGUGCUCUUACGAAUUUGUUCAGGGGCAGUAUCAAACCAAGUGUUCCACAGCUAUUCCUCAAACCUGGAGUGAACCUUCCCUACGUGCAGACGGGAAUAAAAGGAAGAAAAUCACCCAACAACGUGUACGUGCGGAGUUUUGUGAUACAAAAAUCGUCUCUCAGCAACGACACAGUAGCAAAACUAGAGAAAGCCUCCUCUGAACUGAAACAAACUCCUGCAUCCUCCUCUCAACAAAUUCCUGCAUCCUCCUCUCAACAAACUCCUGCACGUGAGGCUCACCAGAGCAGGAAUGUGAGGCAAACAGCUGCAGUUACAUUGAAGAAAAAAUUGUAUUCUCCUGCCAAGUUGUGUAGGUCUCCCAAGAAGAAGCGAUGCACGACACCACACCUCUCACUUUCUUUGAAUGAAUCACCUUCAAGUUCUGAGGCAGAAUUAUACACACCUCUCAACAGAUCACACCAAUUACAUCGGACAAUGAUGAAGUUGAGUUUACUACACGGUCCGACGUUAUUGAGCAUUCCUCACUAUACUUACUCCUCAAAAGAAGAGAAAAGAGAGACCUCUGCCAACACCAAGAGGAGUUUUUACUAUAGCACUCCAAUUAACAAACAUUCUGUGGCUGCUCUCAAGCAAUCAUUUUCUCCAAUCUACCACAAGAUUAAACCGAGAAAGCUACAAAAACAUUUUGAGGGCAGUCGUCAUGAUGCAGAUAAAAAGACCUCCAUUUCAUCCAUUACUCAAAGGGCACAUCAGGAUCCCCCAAUGCUUGAAUUGCAGCAAAAAGUCUCCCCUGAACAACAGAUCACAGCUAUUGAAGUGGUUGACUCGGUCAUCAAACUCAAGAAAAUACCAGAAGACGAGAAACACUGCCAGCAGUGUGGAGGGAAAUUUACGAAGAAGGGAAAACGCAUGUGGGUCGGGUGUGAGGCUGACUCAUGCUGGCGAUGGUAUCACUACACCUGUGUAGGUUUGAAGGAGCUGCCUUUCGAGAGCCAAGUUUGGAUAUGUCCAAGCUGUCAUCCACCAGCUGGAAAGUUAUCCGUGAUUAACUGAAUAAUGCCAAACUUUCGAAUAAUGCCAAAACUAUCUGUACGGUAUACUAUUAUUAUCUAUUUACCCAGUUAUGGUCAUAAUUACAUGCAUAAUAAUAUGUUUGAUUUG